AUGGCCUCUGAUGUCUCCAGCAAGUCGGCCGCCUCCUCUGCCACUCUUGGAGCCAAGGACAAGUCGUCCAAGUCCAAAUCCGGGGAGGAGAAGGUCUUGAGCGGAGUGCCCAACAACUCGCGCUACGCGUUCCCCGAAGGACAGGGUACGUUCUACAGUGGCCAGGAGAUCUGCCGACUUUAUCAGUUUUUCAGUGAAGAGCUCGCUGCUGCGCGCCUCGCCGAACAAGCUUCCGUUCGCUCCGACGGGCGGCGUCCAGACGGUCGUCGUCGCGAACAGCUCCAAGUCGAGAAAGGCGUUCAAGGUGAAGACGUCGGACAAUCUGCUCUACCGCGUGAACCCCGUUUACGGAUUCGUCGAGCCCGGCGGCAAGAUCUCGAUCGAUGUGCUCCGUCACAAUGGUGAGCAGAAGACGGACCACUUGGUGCUGCUCACUUCGGAUGUAAGUUUCGCCUUCUUUUCGCUCGCUAAUCCCCCCUAUUUCCACGUUUUCAGGCAACCAAGGAGCAAUCUUGUGCGAAGCAGAUCUUCGAGACGGAUCCGCAACGCGAGCUCACGGUCGUUCCGCUCGUCGCUCACUAG